AAAAUAAUAGUAUCCCAAGUUAUUUCUAGAUAUAGGGACUAUUGCCUAUCUAUCUAUCCAUCUAUCUCUCUCUCUCUCUUCUCCCUUUGCUUCUUCUCCAAACCGAAGCCAGAGCAGAGAAAAAAACACAAAAAUAAUCGUUAAUGAUUCUCACGUCCAACCACCCAAAAACCUUCCUUCAAUCCGACUCUACUGAAGAAAUAACAAAUCCAAAUUCUCAGCUCCUCUGUAAUUUCCCUAAAAAACCCUCCACAUUUCUGGUGGAUUUUUGUUUUGUUUUUUUUUUUUUUUUAAAGUAUUUUUCUUGCCUCUGGUUUUUUUCUUCAGACGGCCCUUUUCAUUGCCAGCGAUGACGGAAGUUCUCCGCUCCCCAUCUCAUUUCCCUUCUUCUCCAAGCUCUUUAUCCUGUGCGCCCACACCCAAUGAUGGCGUACAGUCGACCCAUCCCCAUUCUCAUUCACGCUCCCGUUCCCUGUCCCUUAUUAGAAAUUCUACCUCAUCAUCUGUAGUUGAGGAAGAAGCUGACAGAGGUUAUAGAACACAAGAAGAAGAAGAAUACGACGACGAAGACGAAGGUGGAGAGAGAAGAGAGGGAGAAAGGGACAAAGAGGGAGAUCAACUGUCUCUGUUGGCUCUUUUGAUUACUGUAUUUAGGAAGUCCUUGGUGGGUUGUAGGACUACUGAGAGAAAGGAGCUUUGCUCAAUGGAGAUUGGAUGGCCGACCAACGUUCGCCAUGUUGCCCAUGUCACAUUUGAUCGCUUUAAUGGGUUCCUUGGCUUGCCCGUCGAGUUCGAACCUGAAGUUCCGAGGAGGGCUCCCAGCGCCAGUCAAAAUGUUUUUGGAGUUUCCACGGAAUCUAUGCAGCUGUCUUUUGAUUCUAGAGGGAAUAGCGUGCCAACAAUACUGCUGCUGAUGCAGAGACGCUUGUAUGCUCAGGGAGGUCUGCAGGCUGAAGGGAUUUUCAGAAUUAAUGCAGAGAACAGUCAAGAGGAAUAUGUCAGAGACCAACUGAACCGGGGAAUUGUGCCAGAUGGGAUUGAUGUCCACUGUCUGGCAGGUCUUAUUAAGGCUUGGUUUAGAGAACUUCCAACUGCGGUGCUGGAUUCUCUCUCGCCUGAGCAAGUAAUGCAUUGCCAGUCAGAAGAAGAAUGUGCUCAGCUUGUCAGGCUCCUGCCCCCAACAGAAGCUGCUCUGCUGGAUUGGGCCAUCAACCUGAUGGCCGAUGUUGUCCAAGAGGAACAUCUGAACAAGAUGAAUGCACGAAAUAUUGCAAUGGUCUUUGCCCCAAAUAUGACUCAGAUGGCAGAUCCUUUGACUGCAUUGAUGUAUGCAGUGCAAGUGAUGAACUUCCUCAAGACACUGAUCAUCAAGAUGCUCAAAGUAAGAGUGGACUCGGUCGGGGAGACAGAUUCUGCUACCCAUCUAGAGCCAUCUGAUGAGAAUGGUCAUCACAGCCCAUCACAGCUCUGCCUGGAGGAUCCAAACUAUGUGAAAGAAGAGACAGAGAAUGUCUUUAUUGCUGAUGAACCUGUUUUAGAAACUCCCCAAGACUCUACUGAAGAAGAUUCAAUGACAAAUGGAUCUUCUGUUAAUUGCCACUAUGAGGUUCUAGGCCGACUUGAAUCUACAAAUAAACAAGAGUCAGGUGAAGUUAACCAUCUAAAGGCUGUGGUUCAAGCUAAUGCUUGCAAGAACAAAGCUAGUCAAUCAAGUAGUUCAAGUUUCAGAAAAGGGUCCAGAAGGUUUAAUGGGCAGCCGGUGGUUCAGGUAGCAGGAGCAGUUGAGAAGUCAAAGGGCAUCAGCAUUAUCAGCCGCAUAAACUCAAGGACAGAGCGGGUUGAAGCAUGGCGGUGAAGGAGAUGUUUUUCAUACUGAGGUCUUAAUCGAUGUGGUUGAUUUGACUUUGUUUCAUUUGGAUGUUAAAAAUUUAAGUUGUUUGUGUAUGGUUCAUGUAUGUGUUAUUUGUUUCUGGUGUAGCUUCUCAAUGCACUUCCAUUGCCACCCCACACUAACAUUUCUGUGUCUGCUGAAACUACUAUCCACAUGUGGAGUCUACUGAAAUGGUUUUCCUGCUUC